ACUGCAUGAAUUUCACACCGGACCUUUACCUUUGUCUGUAAAUCGUGGAAUGACCAAAAAGCCCUUAUCUCUGCUUCUCCUUCAUUGGGCUCGCUUUUUCGCACCAACUUUCUUCUUCGUCCUCUGUAAAACCUAAAAUUCAUUUGCUUAAUUCUCUUUCUGCAGUUCUAAAUCCUUUUAUCUAUGCACUCUACUGUAUAAAAAGGGUUUCCAAUUUUCUCCUAAUUAAGAGGUCAGAGUGAAAACGGGAACAAAUUUAUUUUUAUUUUCAUUUUCAUUUUCAAUAAAUCUCAAUUCUAUAUGUAUUGGUUGAAUUCGAAUUCUACUAAUCAUUGUAUAUAUUCCAAAAACUUUUUGGUUGGGUUCCGUUAAACCCAUUUGUGUAAUGUUAUCUGCUUUUAUUUGAAGGCGAAACCUUUUUGUGAAUAUAUAUAUUUUAUGUUGGGUUCCUUGAGACCUGCAAGAUGGCAUCAAGUUUGCACCAAUGGGAAUCGGACCCUCUGUUCUCAGCAGCUGAAGUGGUUCAGGAUUCUGCAGACAGGAUGGAUUCGCUUUUUCGCCUCCUCUUGCAUGACCAAAAUCUUGUUCAAGGUGACCAUCCCGACCCAAGGCUGCUUAUGUCAAUAGAAAAUCACAAGCGAGAUCUUGCAACCAUACUUGAAACUGCAAAAUGGCAGUUGGAAGAUUUUGAAAGAGCUGUCAACUCAUCAGCUAUGCAAGACAAAUCUCGAUCUAAGGAAGAUGUUAUUUCUAGGCAUUGUCAGUUUAUUAGAGCCAUUAGGGAACAAAUAAAUCACGUCGAGACAAGUGUGGAUGGCCCAUCUAUGGGUGAUUCCAUGAAAAAUUCUGAAUGGAUUAAUUUAAAUGAACAAGAUAGAGAUGGGUUAGCUUUAUUUCUUAUUGGAGGAAAUACCACUGAACAUUCAAAUCAUCAUGACAUGGAAGAUAGUAGCAUUUUGAGAAGAUUCCUUGAUCGGACUUCAUCAUCUAGUUUAAAAGAUGAUGAAAUUGUUGAGCACGGUAACAUAGAAUUCAAGAAUUUAAAAAUGAACGGAGAUGUACAUGCAGACCAUCACUCUGUAAAGGAAAAAUACCUAAGAAAGAUGGAUUCUCCUUUCCCUACAAGAUUAAGCUCAGAUAUGCAAGAGAUCUCUUGUAACAGGCAAGACGAUACUGGCAAUUGGGACCUGGAAGCAAAUGAUGCCACAUCUAAAAGUGUUUUCUGCGAAAAGAAAUUUAGGGCGUUCCAGGGCAGAAUGAACUUUAGAUUCUUGAACAAUCUGUGGGCUAUGAGCGGGAGCAGGGUCACUAAGAGCUAUAUAAAGAGAUUGAAAGAUGGGGAAGAACAAAGGCAAUCCACGAGAUACACUGAUGUUAGCGCUUCUGCACAGGGUCAAUGUGUGGGACCAAGGUUAGGAUAUAGAAGUAGCAGCUUGGAAGGAUUAUUCUCUAGAUUUCGAGCAAAUCUAAUGGUCCUGUUUAGCAGCCUGGGAGCAAGAUAUCAAAUAUUUCCCUUUCAUCUUCCAAUUAAUCGACACACAAUUCAAAUGAUAUUCACGAUAAUCUUUGCACUCAUAUUUUUGGGUAUACUGGUGUCCCGGAUUGCUUGAAACUGGAAAUUUGCUGUAAGUUCUGCAAAUUAUUCAUGGAGAUGAAGCAUCAACCGCUGGAAAAAAAACAAUUAAAUGUACGAACUCUCCACAUCGAGAUUUUGCUUGGGAGCUUAACCAUAUUCACUCCAGUUGAAAAUUUUAAUGAACUGAGUAAAUAAUCCCAUGGUCUUGUAAUAUUCUCACUACUAAUGAAAAUAUUUAAAUUGUAAGAUGUAUUUAAAUAUAUGGAAAAACUUUAUUA